AUGGAUUUUCGAGCAUUAAAAUCAAAAUUAACGGGAAAAAAUUUAAGUGAACUAAAUUUAGCAACACUAUCUGUAAAUACAUUAGAUAAUCGUCAAAAUUGUGAUAUCGAAAAAUUACAAAAUGAAAUUGAGAUCAAACAAAAAACGCUGGAUGUAUCCAUAAGACAUAUGCUUAUUACUCUCGAUGCAAAUAUUGAUGAUUUUCGAUUAACAAUCGAUCAAAAACGAACAAAAUCUAAAAUACCGAAGUUAUCAGUAUGUGAUCUUUGGCUUCGAUUAAAAACGAUUGAACAAUUACAACCAUAUCCACUCGUUACUUUUCUACGUACAAAUCAAUUGUAUAGAUCAGAAAUUAAAUUUACAGGAAUAAAUAAUGAUUGUUAUGAAAAUGAACAAGACUUUUCAUUUAAUUCACGACGUUGUCGUUUUACACAUUUUCAUAUAUGUGUAGGAUCAGAUGAAUUUAAUUUUAAUGAUGGUUCUUAUGUUGGUUUAGUUGUAUUUUCUUAUGAUAAUCUUUCAAAAUUUAUAUUAAAUAAACAUCAUUCUCAACGGGGUGAUAUUAUAAUAAAACACAUGAAAACUUUUACUCAUGCACAAAUAUCACAACGAGGAAUAUAUGAUGCUUUAUUUAAAUUAUAUUUCAAUUGUUCAAUUGAUGAAAAAUUUAUCGGUAUUGGAUUUUUAUAUUCGAAUAAGAAAUGGCAUUUUGAUUUAAUAGCAUAUGAUCAUCGAGAAUUAUAUCCAUACGAAUAUCGAGUAUUUGAUCUAUAUUUAUUUACACAUUGGUUAACAAAAUUUACCGUACCGCAUAAUGUUCAAGAAAUGGAAAUAUAUGCCAAAGAUUUAGUAUUGAAACAAUGUGAUAUUGUUAAGAAAAAGUUAAUUGAAGAAGAUAACAUAGAUUUAUCAAAUAUGUGGAUGGAUUUUAUUGGUAGUGAUGCAAAAGAUUUACAAAUAGCUAUUAACCAGUUUAUUCAAAUAGCAGAAAAAGAAAGUGAAAGUAUUUUCAAGGAAAUAGUUAGAAAAAAACGAGCUUUGAAUGAUAACUAA